AUGGGAUCUUUGGCUGAAACACAGAUCACUCCGGCUAAAAUUUCCGACGAAGAGGCUAACCUCUUUGCUAUGCAGCUCGCUGGUGCCACCGUGCUUCCAAUGGUUCUGACAUCGGCCUUAGAGCUCGACCUUCUGGAGAUCAUAUCCAAGAAUGUUCCUCUAGCUGGCGGUCAACUCUCACCAUCGGAGAUAGCCUCUUAUCUUCCGACCAAGAACCCUGAUGCUCCAGUCAUGGUCGACCGGAUCCUCAGGUUGCUUGCGGCUUACUCCGUCGUGACAUGCUCUGUUCGUAAGCUUCUUGAUGGCGGCGUGGAGCGUCUGUACGGUCUAGGACCGGUAUGCAAGUACCUGACUAAGAACGACGAUGGAGUCUCACUCGCUGCACUAUGUCAUUUGAACAGAGACAGGGUCUUCAUGGAGAGCUGGUACCACUUGAAAGAUGCGGUUCUUGAAGGAGGCAUUCCAUUUAACAUGGCAUUUGGUAUGGACGCUUUCGAGUACCAAGCUGCCGAUCCGAGAUUCAACAAAGUCUUCAACAAUGGAAUGUCCAACCACACGACGAUCGUCAUGACCAAGAUUUUAGAGAUCUACAAAGGAUUUGAGGGAUUGUCUUCGUUGGUAGAUGUUGGUGGUGGCAUUGGAGUCACUCUCCGUAUGAUUGUCUCCAAGCACCCACACAUCAAAGGCAUCCUUUAUGAUCUCCCUCAUGUCAUUGAGGAAGCAGUAUCUUAUCCCGGUAUUGAACAUAUUGGGGGAGAUAUGUUUGUGAAUGUCCCUAAAGCAGAUGCCAUCUUCAUGAAGUGGAUAUGUCAUGACUGGAGCGACCAACACUGUUUGAAAUUUCUGAAGAAUUGCUAUGAAGCGCUCCCAGACAACGGGAAAAUGAUAGUAGCGGAAUCCAUACUUCCGGUGGUGCCAGACUCAAGCCUCCUGACAAAAGAAGUUGUCCACAUGGACUGCCUCAUGUUGGCUCACAACCCAGGAGGCAAAGAACGGACCGAGAAGGAGUUUGAGGCGUUGGCCAAAGGUUCCGGCUUCCAAGGCUUCCAAGUUGUCUGCAGAGCCUAUGGUACUCACAUAAUGGAAUUCCUCAAGAAGAUAUAGAAUGUGU